UCUCUCUCUCUCUCUCUCCUAGACAUGUUUGAACAAUAGGGGCCAGAGGGAGGGAGUUAAAAUCCCUGAGCAAUUUCAGAAAAGUAGGAAAGAGUAAAAGGUUAAAGAGAGAGAGAGAGGUAAAAAGAGAUGGAAAGAAUGACAGAUGAGAAGAGGGGAUCUGGAGAAAUUAAGUCAGUAGAAGAAAAUGGAGAUAACAUGAGGAAGAACAACUGGAAGAGUUUUAGAAAAAUUGUAUUUUAAUUAUGCAGUUUGAUCAUCGACUGGAUUAAAUUUCUUGUUUUUAUUUUGAAGAGUGUAUUGAAAGUAUCGAGCAAGAACUGGUGAUGGAAAGGAUUCAUUAGAAUUUGUCCCUCUCAGAGCUAAAAGACUUAGCUCUUUUUCUGUUUGCUUUGGGGAUAUAUGUUUUUACCUGGAUUUACUACGAAACUUUUAAAAGGGCUUUCAACAGUUAACAUCACAGAUUUGCCAAACAUCCUUAUUUUGCAGAAUUUAAAUGGUUAUUUUUUCUACUUUACAUCACCAGCUGUGAGUAUGUUCCAGUCACCGUUAUGAAAUUAGAGUAGACCCAUAUGUUAGCGUUAGCUCGUCUUUAUCAAUUCAGGAAAGUCUGGCGGUGACAAAAACUAGGUGGCAGAAGCGGAAGAACUUAGCGUGAGCUGGAUGCGCCGUUAGUAUAAGAGGAUUCCGGCAGAAAAAUCGGACGGUUAUUACACGGAGGGAGAGCAGGGAAGACCUGGGAGAGAGAGAAGGUAAAGGCUGAACGACGGAGAGGAAGAGCGGAAGCACUGAGGAUGAGUGUCAGGUGGGAAACGGAGGGUUUGCAGACGGUGGGGAUUGUCUGCCUCGUUUUCAUGUUCCUCAAACUGAUGCACCUGCUGGGGCUCAUCGAUAUCACCGAGACAGAUGACAGCAGUGACAGUGACCUGGAGCUCUCCACAGUUCGGCACCAGCCUGAGGGCCUGGAGCAGCUACAGGCCCAGACCAAGUUCACCAGGAAGGAGCUGCAGUCUCUCUACAGGGGAUUCAAGAAUGAGUGUCCCAGUGGACUGGUGGAUGAAGAAACAUUCAAGACCAUCUAUUCUCAGUUCUUUCCCCAAGGAGAUGCCACUACUUAUGCUCACUUCCUGUUUAAUGCGUUUGACAUGGACCGAAAUGGCUCCAUUCGCUUUGAGGACUUUGUGAUUGGCCUGUCUGUGCUGCUGAGGGGCUCGGUGACAGAGAAACUGAACUGGGCUUUCAACCUCUAUGACAUCAACAAGGAUGGGUACAUCACUAAAGAGGAGAUGCUGGCGAUCAUGAAGUCCAUCUAUGACAUGAUGGGCAGGUACACUUACCCCUGCGUGCGGGACGACGCCCCCUUCGAACACGUGGAGAAGUUCUUCCAGAAAAUGGAUCGGAACCGGGAUGGAGUGGUGACCAUCGAUGAGUUUAUUGAGACCUGUCAGAAGGAUGAGAACAUCAUGAGCUCCAUGCAACUCUUUGAAAAUGUUAUCUAGAGCAAACAGAAACCCAAACCAGACGAUGCCACCCUCCGCCCCAAACCCAAGACAAUAAUCUCCCCCCAUCUUCCAGCACGAAAACACGCACCCUUCUCUAAUACUUCCUUAAAGGGAAAUGGAGGAAACACAAAGGACAAUAGACUUUUUUAUAUAUGUAGUCUUUAGGAGAGGUACCUGUACAUGUGACCUUCCGUUGCUCAGGAGGAAAAGAGCGCUGCACUUUGACCCACUUCUUACUGUACAUAGGAAUGGAAACCAAAACCUUUGCCUCAAAGCUACAAGUGGAACAACGAACAUUGUGAUUCAAUUAACCGUUACACACCUCCCUGUCUCCUGCCCUCUGGUGGACAUACAGGACAAUAGAAAACAAAGAUAUUUUUUCUUAAGUUGGAUCCAUAGAGAAUGAAAUGGGAUAAGAAGGAAGUAUACUGGCUGUUUUGUUUUGUUUUUUUUUGUUUUGUUUUCAGCAACAGUCCACGAGGCCUACAGCCUAACCACAGCAUCCUAAUUUCCUGUCCCCAUUAAGGAACAAAACAGACUGGAGUAAUUAUUUCUGAAGAUUAGUGCUUCUUGGAGAGCGUGAAUGCAAGAAACUUUUUGUGGCAUGCCGGUGGUGAUUCAGUCAGUUGUCGAAAAAGCACACACCAAAAACAGAACAAAAAAAAAAAAAGAGAUUGAAUGACUUUUGAAGAAACUGAAAUAACUUUUGCAUGUUUUUUUUGUAAUUUGUGGUUUGUUGGGACUGAGAUGUGAAAAACCUUGAUGUUUGACCCUGAGAAGAUGAGAAGACAUCGACCGCACACGUUGUGGUAUGAAACAGAGUAAAUGUGAGCCUUUGGACAUUGGAUUUUGCAUCCCAGUUGAUAGGCUAUUGUUUCAUUCCUUUGGUAAGACAACAUUGAUGGGUUACAGAAUGGCUGUAAAAAUAAGCAUGAUCUGCUUAAUAUAGUUAUGCAGCAAACACCCUGGAGUUGUGUAUUAUAUAAUGGUUGCUUAUGGUUUGAAGAGUUUUCAAUUUAAUUAAUGUCCUAGUUCUUCCUAAAGGCUAUGUCCUAUUCUGAUAUCAUCAUCGUCCUUGAAACCAUGCAUCUAUACUUAAUGUACUUAAAUGACAGUAGAGCUGUCAUGAUGCUGGUCCUCUGUGUCUGUAGCAUGUGGAAACUGCAGAUUGUCCUGAAGAGCUGUUAUGGUUUCAAAACAUUCAAAUGCACACGCCCGCCAAUAAAUGGGUAUACAAAAGA